ACACGCAAACCAGAUGCGUUUAUAGAGCACAGUAGUGAAAAGUUUGCACCCAAAAAAAAAAAAAAAAAAAGAGAUAGACGAGCGGAUGCCCUAGCUCUCCGUCGGCGUCUCCUUGUUCCUUUCGAUUGUGGACUUGCCGUGCGUCUCCUCUUUUGGCUUAUCACACCUCUUACUCGCAUCAGCUUCACUUCUCUCUUCUCCAUGGCUCCAAAGAAAAGGAAAGCUUCUGCUAUCGAAUCAGAGGAGGGAUCUGAGAAAAUGGAGCAAAUGAAGAAAAUUUUCGAGCAGUUUAAGGAAAAAAUUAACGACUUAAACAAGGAGUUGCUAACUAUUGCAGACCUUGACUUCUCUUCUCUUCACAAGUCGAAUUCGGGUGCUGCUGAAUUUCUCUUAUCUUGGAGAUCCAAGAAGCCCGAAUUAAUUAAUGAUCAUUCCGUUCAACUAAAAGAUGAAUGUUGGGCUCAUGCCUUUGCUCGAGGCUUAUCUGCCGCCAUGAAGCAACGUGGAUGUACCGACAACUUUCCAACUGCAGAGUUGCUGGUGAAACAGAUCGAUAGGAGGUGUUUAUCAAAAAGUAAUGCACUCAUCAAGUCCAUCAAUGCUGCCCCUUCAUUGCGUGAAUUUUAUGGCUGCGAUUUGGUCGUGCAUCAUCGUCCAAAGAUGACAUUGCUCAAGGAGAAUGAAGAGUUUGAGAGGUUUAUAGAGCGGAGAUUAGCCAUAGGUCAAGUGGCUAUGUGUUUCCCCUAUUUGCCAGGCUAUUCUCGUUUCAAUCAUAAAAAUAAAGCAGUUUUCAGGCCAAAUGCCAUUGACAUCCAGGCUAUGCGGUACGAGCUUUUAGACGACCACUGUGCCGUUAUAACCGGUCGUGGAGUGCUUUUUGAAAAUGGUAAGGCUAUCGAGUUUUGGGAGAUUCAGGAAACCCGGGGACCUCAUUUUGCAGAUGGCGGUUAUACCCGAUUGGAACGUUACAAAGGGCUAAUCACAGAAGUUUAUGAAUUUAAGUUUGAUCGUCCUUAAGGGCCUACACGAACCAAUGUCUAGCUUUGCAGAAAAGAGUUGAAAGGCAUUUUUGUUUUCUAGUCUCUGUUGUGUGACCUGUGAAACACGAUAAGACCUUUUUUUUUUUAUUUUGUCGACAACUAUUUUCAUUAAACCCAUAAAUGAGUUACAAUGUGAAAGGAGCCCAACUACAAAA